UGGGCGGGGAGCGCGCCGACCGCGCCGCUGCCGGACGAGAGCUGGUGUGCGAGGCUGCGGCGGCGGCCCCGCGAGCCGGGAGCGCGGCGUCCAGGGGAUGCGAGCGGCAGGGAGCCGCCGCGCUGCUGCGCCGGGAGAACUCGAGCGGCAGUGACCUCAGCGAGGGGAGAGUGCGGCGACGGCGGCUGCGAGCCCCGCGGGGAUCUUUGGGGCCGGGGGUGCGGGGGGGCCGGCGGCGGCGCGGGAGCGCGGGGCGCAGACCGGGCGGGGCUGGCGGACAGUGAUGAGCGAGCGCGCCGGGAGGCUGCACGCAGCCGCCGCCCGGAGCAUCUGCCGCCCGAGCUGCUGCUCGCGGCCCGGGCGCCGGCCAUGGAGACGCUGAAUGGCCCCGCGGGCGGCGGUGCGCCGGACGCGAAGCCGCAGCCGCCCGGCCAGCACCACCGCCACCACCACCUGCACCCGCUGGCCGAGCGGAGGCGGCUGCACCGCGCACCUUCGCCCGCCAGACCAUUCCUCAAGGACCUGCACGGCCGGCCCGCGGCGCCCGGCCCAGCCCCGGCCGCCCCCUCCUCGGGCCGAGCCCCGGCGCCCGCCGCCCCGCGCUCGCCCAGCCUCGCGGGCAAGGCGCCGCCCUCGCCGGGGCCCCUGGCCGCGCCCGGCCGCCUCUCCCGGCUCAGCGGCGGCGCCCCGGGCGCGAAGGACAAGCCGCCGCCGGGCGCCGGGGCCAGGGCAGCGGGCGGCGCCAAGGCCGCUCCGGGCCCCAGGAGGGCAGCGCGCGCGGCGCCCGCCGAGCCUCUGCCCCGGGCCGGGAAGCCGCCGCCGCCGCCGCUCGGGGCCGAGCCGCCGCCCGCCACAGCGAAGGGCCGCAAAGCCAGACGUGGCUCCGGGGCGCCCCCCGCCCGCGCCGCCGGGCUCCCCACCCCGGCCGCCCCGGUCCCCGCGGUGAUCCUCGCCGUGACCUCGGCGGCCGGCUCCCCGGCCCCCGGCUCGCGCAUCAGCCACACCGACAGCAGCUCCGAUCUCUCGGACUGCCCCUCUGAACCCCUGUCGGACGAGCAGCGCCUGCUCCCCGCCGCCAGCAGCGACGCCGAGUCUGGCACUGGCUCCAGCGACCGGGAACCCCUGCGAGGAGCCCCCACGACGAGUCCCGCAGCUCGGGGGGCGCCUCCGGGCAGCCCCGAGCCCCCCGCCCUCCUCGCCGCGCCCCCCGCCGCCGGCGCCUGCCUCGGGGGUCGGGGCAGCCCGGGCGGGGUCCCCGCGGGGUCCCCGGGGCCCGGCGUGGCGGAGGAUGCCGGGGGACGCCUGCCGCUGGAGCGAACGGUCCCCGGGACCCCCAAGGAGGCCGGCGCGGGCGAGCAGCCCCGGCUAGUACCGGCGGUGGAGGAGGAGGAGCUGCUUCGAGAGAUGGAGGAGCUGCGCUCGGAGAACGACUAUCUCAAGGAUGAGUUGGAUGAACUCCGUGCUGAAAUGGAAGAGAUGAGAGACAGUUACUUAGAGGAAGAUGUUUACCAGCUGCAGGAGCUUCGGCGAGAACUGGACCGUGCUAAUAAAAACUGCCGAAUCCUGCAGUACCGCCUCAGGAAAGCCGAGCAGAAAAGCCUGAAAGUGGCUGAGACUGGUCAAGUGGAUGGUGAGCUGAUCCGGAGUCUGGAGCAGGACUUAAAGGUAGCCAAAGACGUAUCUGUCAGAUUGCACCAUGAACUUGAAACUGUGGAGGAAAAGCGUGCUAAAGCUGAGGAUGAAAAUGAAGUUCUCCGACAGCAGAUGAUCGAAGUGGAAAUAUCCAAACAGGCCCUCCAAAAUGAGCUGGAGAGACUGAAAGAGAGUUCCCUGAAAAGAAGAGGCAGUCGGGAAACGUACAAAGAAAAGAAAACCUUGAACCAGCAGAGUGGUGGAACGGAGCACCUUGGGAACUGCAGGUCUGCGACCAAAACUCAAAGGAAACUGGCGCCCCGGCGCAAGGAUGACAGUGCCGAUUUGAAGUGCCAGCUUCAGUUUGCUAAAGAGGAAGGCUCCCUGAUGUGCAAAAAGAUGGCCAAGCUGGGGAGGGAGAAGGAUGAGCUGGAACAGGAGUUGCAGAAGUACAAGGCCCUCUAUGGCGACGUGGACAGCCCCCUCCCCACGGGGGAAGCCGGCGGGCCGCCCAGCACCAGGGAGGCUGAGCUGAAGCUGCGGCUGAAGUUGGUGGAGGAAGAAGCCAACAUCUUGGGCCGGAAGAUUGUGGAGCUGGAGGUGGAGAACCGAGGCCUCAAAGCGGAGAUGGAGGACCUGCGGGGCCAGUGUGAGCGAGAGGGGCCCGGCCGGGACCACAUCCCCAGCAUUCCUACCUCACCCUUCGGCGACUCCCUGGAGUCCUCCGCCGAGCUCCGCCGACACCUGCAGUUCGUGGAGGAGGAAGCGGAGCUGCUCCGGAGGUCCAUAUCCGAGAUCGAGGACCACAACCGGCAGUUGACCCACGAGCUGAGCAAGUUCAAGUUUGAGCCGCGGCCGGAGCCCGGCUGGCUGGCGGAGAAGGGCGCGGGGGCCGGGGCCCCCCUGCAGGAGGAGCUGAAGUCCGCCCGGCUGCAGAUCAACGAGCUGAGCGGAAAGGUGCUGAAGCUGCAGUAUGAGAACCGGGUGCUGCUGUCCAACGUCCAGCGCUACGACCUGGCCGCCCACCUGGGCCUGCGCGCCCCGAGCCCCCGGGACAGCGACGCCGACAGCGACGCGGGCAAGAAGGAGAGCGACGGGGAGGAGGGCCGCCCGCCCCAGCCCAGGCGGGAAGGCCCCAUCGGCGGCGAGAGCGACUCGGAGGAGAUGUUCGAGAAGUCGUCGGGCUUUGGCAGCGGGAAGCCGUCGGAGGCGAGCGAGCCGUGCGCGGCGGCGCUGCUGCGGGCCCGGGAGGACUCGGAGUGCCUGGUGAGCAUGCGGCGCGAGGCCGAGCGGCUGGAGCGCACCGUGGAGCGCCUCAUCAGCGACACCGAGGGCUUCGCGGCCGGCGCGGGGCUGCAGGGCGGCCAGGGGCACGGGGACACGGGGCAGGGGGACCAGAACGAGCCCCAGCUGCUGGGCACCAUCAACGCGAGGAUGAAGGCUUUCAGGAAGGAGCUCCAGGCCUUCCUGGAGCAGGUGCACCGCCUCGGGGACGGCCUGAGGGAGCGCCUGGAAGGCCUGUCCCCCUUGCCCCACCUCACGGAGUCUUCCAGCUUCCUCUCCACCGUGACCUCCGUGUCCCGGGACUCCCCCGUCGGGACCCUGGGGAAGGAGCUGGUCCCAGACUUGCAGUCCAAACUGAGAGAUCAGAUGGAGUGGCAGCUGGGGCAGGAGCGAGGGGACGAGCCGGAGCACCUGCGCCUCCGAGCCACAUGGGAGCUGCACCGCCGAGCCGAUGGAGACGUGGGGAGCUGCCGGCCGGGAGGCCAGAGCUGCGUCAAUCUAGAGAUGGAGGAGGAGCACCUCUAUGCUUUGAGGUGGAAAGAACUGGAAAUGCACAGCCUAGCUUUGCAAAACACCCUCCAUGAGCGGACCUGGAGUGAUGAGAGGAAUCUGAUGCAGCAGGAGCUCCGGUCCUUGAAGCAGAACAUUUUCCUUUUCUACAUCAGACUCAGGUGGCUGCUGAAACACUGGCGGCAAGGAAAACAGGCGGAGGAAGAAGGGGAGGACUUCACCAAGAGCGAGCAUCCAGAGACCCUCCCCAGGCUUGGUGAGCUUGGAGUCCUGGAGGAUCCAACAGGAGGCGGCCCAGACCAAGAUGACGACGGUCCAGGCUGCAGCUUUGCUAUGGGGGAGCAUUCUUCACACUCCCCUGUGCAGAUCGGUGACCACGGAUCACGGCUGCAGCCUGCAGAUGGAGGACAGUUCCACAGGCAGGUGGUGGAAAACCAGCAGCUCUUUGGCGCGCUCAAGACCUUGCUGGAGGACUUGCGCUUGGAGCUGCAGGAGGAUGAGCAUGCCCGGCUGCGGCUGCAGCAGCAAUACGCCAGCGACAAGGCUGCCUGGGACGUGGAGUGGGCCAUGCUCAAGUGCCGCCUAGAGCAGCUGGAAGAGAAGACUGAGAAAAACCUGGGAGAACCAGGCACCUCCGCUGACAGCAAAGGGGCAUUCAAGAAGGAGAGGGAGACACACCAGAAGCUGCUUGCUGACAGCCACAGCCUGGUCAUGGACCUGCGCUGGCAGAUCCACCACAGCGAGAAGAACUGGAAUCGGGAGAAGGUAGAACUUCUCGACUGCCUGGACAGAGAGCGGCAGGAGUGGGAGCGGCAGAAGAAGGAGCUCUUGUGGAGACUAGAGCAGUUGCAGAAAGAAAACAGUCCCCGGAGAGGUGGCAUUUUCCUCUGUGAUCAGAAAGAAGGCAACAUCCGCCCCUGUGCCCACCCCGGAAGCCCCCACGUGCCCCGUACCCUGGGGAUGUGGCCCUGUGUGGACACCGACUCCACCCCAUUCGAAGACCGGCCACUAUCCAAGCUGAAGGAGUCGGACAGGUGCUCGGCCCGGGAGAACCUCUACUUAGACGCCCUGUCCCUGGACGACGAGCCCGAGGAGCCUCCAGCCCAUGGGCCCCAGAGGGAGUUCAGGAACUGCCUGCCCGAGGAAGAAGAAAAUCCCAAGGGAAAUCUUCAAAGGGUCAGAGCUGGACAACAUCAGGCAGCUGGACAGCGAGCGUGCUGGUCAUUCAGGUGGAGCCCGUCGCGCAGCAGGCGCUGCUGGUGCAGGCAGGACUCGGCGGUGUCCGUGUCCUCCAUGUCUGAGUUCCAGCGCCUGAUGGACGUCUCUCCCUUCCUGCCCGAGAAAGGCCUGCCCGCCGGGAGCAGCAGGGAGGAUGUCACUCCGCCCCUGUCUCCUGACGACCUGAAGUACAUCGAGGAGUUCAACAGCAAGAGCUGGGACGAGAGGCCCCCAGACCCCUGGGCAGACAGGACCGAGGGGGGGCAGGUGGGGCACGAGGCCGGCACCGAGCCUUUCCCUGACUCCUCCUGGUACCUCACCACGAGCGUCACCAUGACCACGGACACCAUGACCAGCCCAGAGCACUGCCUGAAGCAGCCCCUGCGGAGCCACGUCCGGGCCGAGCCGCCCGGGGUGCGGGUGCUGCACAGCCCACCUGCCGUCCGCAGGAUGGAUAGCAUCGUCGUGGCGGGCGGUGAGGGCAGGGGCCGGCCGGAGCCCGAGUGCCCAUUUUCCACAAGCAGAGCCAGAGGGGGCACGGGAGACACAAAGGGGGGCUCCUCAGAACACAUGCUUGGCAGGUGGCCUGGGGCCCCCUCCAGACACCCCCGAGACUACGUGGAGGGAGGGCUCCGCCCCCUCGAUAGCACCCUCUGCACCCCCUUGGGUUUUGCCUCCCCACUGCACAGCCUGGAGAUGUCCAAGAACAUGAGUGAUGACAUGAAGGAGGUGGCCUUCUCUGUCAGGAAUGCCAUCUGCUCUGGUCCCACCGAGCCUCCAGUCAAGGACAUGGCCUGUCAGACCAAUGGGUCCCGGACGACGGGGACACAGACCGUCCAGACCAUCAGCGUGGGCCUGCAGACCGAAGCCCUGCGUGGCAGCGCCAUCACCAGCAGCCCCCACAAGUGUCUCACACCAAAGGCAGGGGGUGGUGCCACGCCCGCAUCAUCUCCUUCCCGUGGCCUUAGGAGCAGGCAGGUGGCGCCUGCCAUCGAGAAGGUACAGGCCAAGUUUGAACGCACGUGCUGCUCCCCCAAGUACGGGUCUCCCAAGCUGCAGAGGAAGCCCUUCCCCAAAGCUGACCAGCCAAAUAAUAGGACCUCCCCAGGGCUGGCCCAGAAGGGGUGCAGCGAGUCGGCCUGGGCCCGCUCCACCACCACAAGGGAAAGCCCCGUGCACACCGCCAUCAACGACGGCCUCUCCAGCCUCUUCAACAUCAUCGACCACAGCCCCGUGGUGCAGGACCCCUUCCAGAAGGGGAUGCGGGCUGGGAGUCGGUCUUGCUCUGCAGAACCCCGGCCAGAGCUGGGCCUAGGCCAGGAAACCAGCCCCAGUUCCCGGGGACAGUCACCCAGCCCCAUCGGGGUUGGCUCGGAGACAUGUAGGGAGGAAGGGGGAGAGGGCACACCUGUGAGGCAGGACUUAUCUGCUCCCCCUGGCUACACACUCACUGAGAAUGUAGCUCGGAUCCUCAACAAGAAGCUGUUGGAGCAUGCCUUAAAGGAGGAGAGGAGGCAGUCCCCCCACGUCCCCUCAAGUCUCAACAGUGACAGCCAUGUGGGAGAAGCAGUCAAAGCCGAACCAGGGUCCAUGGAGGCUUCUGUUACCCCCACCCCUCCAGGGCCCUCAGCCAUAGCACCAAUUCGGCGAUACAAAGAAGCUGUGAGGAGUUCUGGUGUGAAGAGAAAGAAUAAUCUGGAAAUGUAAUGCUCUUCUUCCCUCCUGUGUCUAAGUGGAAAAUGCGAGAGGAAAUUUUUAGUAUGAGCAGCGGUUGCUAGAUCAUUGUGACUAAAACAAACAGGCUGUUUAGUGGGCUCUGUUUCAAAUACAACAGUCUUGUGACUCCUGUCUCUCUGUGCGCCAGAGGGUGUAUGAAAUGUUAAAUGCCAAAGGGCAGCUCUGGGAAAAAUAGCGGGCGGAAGGGAGAGGUCUCCUGCCGGUCCGUGGUGAGGGUCCCUGCUGGCUCCGGACCUACACGGAGGACAGGCCAGUGUGCCCGGCGUGUACGCGCCUGUUUCUGCGGGACCUCGAGUUUCUCCUGAUGGCUCUCCCUGAGCUGCUGCUGGGCUGGUUGAGGUUAAACCUUUACUGUUCUUCUUUUUAAAAGUACUUUCCAACCUCCUUGUUUUUCUUCUCUUUCUCUGUCUGUUCUGUCCAGAACCAAACUGUCUUACUAACUGCCCCCUGGGGACUCUAGCCCUGCCUGCCUCACGCCGUAAGUGCUUUCUUCCUUCUUUCCAAGCUGUCUGGAGAGAUCGUUUGUGUCAUCAGGGUUGGCACCUGACACUCAAGAAUAAGGCCAAAUCAUCCAGGUAGAUGUGCUCCGUAGAGGCAGACACCCACGCUGGCCGGGGUCCACCUGCAGGGACAGGUUGGCAGGCUGGACCUUCCCUUUUGUCUCACCUGAGUGUGGACCGCUCAGUGCAAAGGGCUCUUAUGUUGUAGAGACACUGCUGAGAUUCCGCUCUCCUGGGCACUGUGCAGCCAGGAUGCUUUCAGAGGAUUAGAGGGAUGUUGGCUGGAGAGGGGAGUGUCUCCUGCACGGAGGCCUAGCCUGGGGGUCUCUGAGCCCAGCGUUUCCCAGUUGGCCUGCACCUGCUCACGGGUGUGCUGAGGGUACGUGUGCACUGCCGUCUGCUGCAGUGAGGUGUGACCAUAACGGACAGGCUUCUCUCCUUUUCUCAAUAACCACACCAGAAGGAGUAAACCCAAAUGUGUCUUGUCCUCCCAGGCCAUCACCAGGGGGACAUAGUAAGUGCUCAAUAAACAUUUGUUGAUUGAAUAAACAACAAAGCUAUCCCUGCUACAAAAAAUAUUCUCGCAGAAUUGCCUUCAGAGCCUGAAUGGAGGCGCAGGAGAAAAUACCCACUUUGUUUUUGAUCAAGGAUACAGUCACCCACCCACUCAUCCACUGGCCUUAACUCCAAGGGCUAAAUGCAAAGUACAGUGGGCUCUCAAAGGCUCCAGUGGUGCUUGCUCCCAGGAUAAGAGGCCCACAUCACCCACUAUCUCGGGAAAGGACAGCGUUGUUUGCUUAUAUGUGCUGGUGUCUUACUAAAGAAAAAGUUCAUUCCCUUGAACUGGUGGUCGUACGACAUUUCUUCCUGUUGGAGUUCACGAAUAGAUGCCAGUGAAGAGGUGGCACAAAACUGUCUAAUGAAAAACCCAUUCUGGUUCAGCGUCAUCCAGGUGGAACCAGGCUGCAGUGGCGUCGAGAAAACCUAGAGCAGCAACCUUACCAACACAUGACAUCCACCGCACAUACAACACACUCAUACACAGCACAAACAAUACACACAUGUGCAGCACACACAUGCACACACACAACUCUUAUACUACCAGGAGCAGAAACACAAAAAGACACAAAACAGGAGCAGAUUUCCCAGCCCAUGGGUCCCCUCGAGCUGGGCUGAGAUGAGGUGAGGACAGCUCACCCCAGGUUAGUUUGCAUUUCAGCUAUUUCAGUGCUGACAUGUUUUCACAGGUGAGCUGUUGCUGCUUGUCAUGGUUCCCAUUAGUGUAAGUGCUUUGCUGAUCAAGGCUCCCCCUUGCCAUAAAGUGCCAGCCACAAAGGAGGCAGGGAACCUUAAGAAGUAGUCUCCAGGGCUAAUGCUCCUUUUCUGCUGACCCCCCAGGGAGGCGGGGAAACCACCCCACUCCGUCAUUCUUCCCGAAGCACUGCGUCUGUGCGCGCUCCAGCGUGUUCCGCCUGCCAUCUUCUCCCUCCCUCGUCAUGUUGCCCAUCAACACAGUCGCUGUCUCUUCCCGCCUUUGUCCCUCUGCUACGCUGACAACACAUUCCUCCUUCUGGUCUUGCAGCUGCUUGUCACGUCUCUUUAAAUCCUCCAACUUGCUUCCUGACACUCGGAGGGCUUUGUUCCGUGUCAUUCCUCAUUGUGUGGUUUACCAUCUCACCCCUUCAUUGUUGGCUAUCAUUUGGGCAGACGGGCUCCACCCUGUAGAACUCACUGUUUCCCCAUGCCACAGCUUGUCACGUUUGUGUGUGCCAGCAAAUUCCAACUUUGGGCGUCCUUGUUUCCUUCUGUGCAGACUCAGGACAAGUAGCUCAGCCUUCUGUAAAACCAAAACAGUAGCAGUGGCCCUUGAGUAAGUGUUAGAGGUGACUUGCACCACGGUUGAGUGUGUCUUGCAUGGUCUGCUCUUAGAAGGUGUGGGAUGCCUGCGCCACAAAAGCACAAGUGCACUUGCACUCCACUUUUUAAAAUGCUGCUGCAAGGAAGAGUCAUUAAACAAGACGAGAUCUAAAUUAAAAUUCCUGCCUGCAGCCUUUGUUCCUUGUUGUGGGAGUUUGUUUAACCACUGCCAGUCAAUUUAAAAUAAACAGUAGCAGAGUUCGUUUUAAGGUGAGUCUCGUUGCUAAUACAGCUGGAUGAAAUCAUGGGUCUCUUCAUGGGCCCCCACCACACCAAGGCACAGGGAGGCUGGCCUCCUAGGACCGGUCAUUGUAGCUGAAUCGAUCUUUCAAGAGGGCCAAGGUGGUGGGGUAUGCUGGGAGUAUGACAUGUGGCCUGUGCUCCAGCCCAAGUCUGAGGGUGUCUGUCAACACACCAUCUCAUGGCAUUGCCAUCUUUUCAUUAUAAUUUGAUAUCUUCCCAUUACCAUCGUCACUGAUUAUUCAGGGUGAACUCUUUACAUACCAUUUUAAGUUAUUCUCCAUGACCAAAAUAUAAAUUAACGUUCAGAAGUUGCCCCUGGUCUAUUAUAUUUAACUUGAGUCUGUUGAGAAGUGUGUGUGGGGGAGAUCACCCCCUGGAGGAACUGUCCAUCUGAGUAACCCUGUCUUUCUCUUUCUCGGCU